CUUGGAUGUGGACUGUGUUGGACCCAUGCACGCAAACAUGUCAUUGACCCGCUGUCCGCUUGUCGGAGGAGGACUUCACAGCCACCUGUCAUUUCUGUCAUUCUCCCUCACUCUAUCUCCGCAUGCGGAGCUGACUGAACCGACACGUGGAAUCCUGAAUACGCUCUCACACACACUCUCCCUAGCUGGAACGCCUCUCACCUCUCACUCUCACCAUGUCCGAUCCCGUCGCCGAAAAGUCCAGCUUCCUCAAGAUGUACAUGAGCAACCAUCCCGAUACGCUCGUCGCGUACGCCAAGUGGUACGGCCAUGUCCAAGAGCCCAUCACCAGCGCCGAGAUGUCGGAGAUCAGCACCAAGAACAUGCUGCUCACGUGCACGUUCAAGGACGGCAGCAAGAGAGAGGUGCGCGUCGAGCUCAAUCCGCCGCUCGCGGGGUACGAGGACGUCAAGCCCCGGCUGCUCGAGAUGAAGGCCAUUGCCCAGGAGGGGCUCGGCAUGAUCAAGUCGCCCGUGCUGUCCACCUUCGUCUUCCCCCGCGACGCGCUCACGACGACGUUCUUCCCGAUCCUCGCGCUCAUCGGCUACACCUGGGCCCCCAAGGACAGCCCGUCGCCCGUCUUCGCCGUCGCGCGCCUCCUCCACGAGUGGGGCGUGCGCGGCCUCGUCCUACAGGGCAUCUGGGGCUUCCUGUGCGUCGCCCACAGCCUCGAGGCGAUGUACAUCUUCAACCUCGCCCGCAAGCACGCGGGGAACUUCGCCGUGGGGGCGGGGUAUGUCUUUGGCACCUUGGUGUUUGGGUUCCCCUUCAUGUUUGCGUUCCGGGGACGGAUCCAGGCGGCGCGUAUCGAUUCUGUCAUGAAGAUCCAGUGAUCCUUUCAGAUGUGAUCAGGUCUUGUAUCUCAAUCUGUCUCAAUAUAUUCGCGAUUCGAAGUCA